AUGGAUAAGAAAAAAAAAGACAUUCUAUACCUGAAAAGAACGCCAACUGUCACCUACGAUUUAGCAUCUGGUAGUCCGAUACCAGAAGCUAUCAAAAAGUACUAUAUCCAGCAACAGUUACCCGUGCGAAAACAGAGUUUAGCUGCUGCCAACAGUCAGACGAAAUCUGAAUUGAAGAAGAGAGCCCUACAGCAGCACCACCACCAGCAGCAGCAGCAACCGAGGAUGUCAUCGCCAAUGCGAAACUCCAGUAUACCCUUCAAAAUUCAAACUGAACCUGUAAAUGUCGCUAUACACGUUGAAUCAGCUACUCCUACAUCUCCUCAAUACCAUGGCAACAGCCAGAGUUGCCCCUCUUUUAAUAUACCAGAAGAAGACGAAGAAGAAGACGCCAUAGAGAGCCUCGCUGUGGGAAACACAUUCGAUCCAAUUAAACUUUAUGCCAGUCAAGAUGUGGAUGAGGAUGACGAGGAUGAUGAAUUCAACUUCAAGGAUAGACCGCCCUCGUCCAUCAUAUGCAUUAAGCCAAUGGAUCCAAGCGAUACGGAUGAUGAGGAUGAGGGCGAUGAAAUACAGGAAAAAGACAUGAUGUUGGAUGAAGCAUUGACCGAGAUAGUGGAGUCUUGGGAUGGCGAUGGAGAAGCGAUGGAGGCUUCAACAACAACAACAACAGCUCCUGUCUCUCCUGAUUUGGGUCGGCGUAAGGAUAGCAUAAGGGAUCCAGAAUCUAUUGCACCACAAGUCAAAGUGAGCCACUACAGCAGCAGUUCAGAUUCCUUUCCCUUACCACCAUCAGAUAAUCAGCAGCAGCAGCAGCCGCAGCUGGAAUCUCGCUUAUCGACAGACACUGUAUUCACUGACAUUUCUGAUCUCACCAUGGCUCCCAACAGCUCAAGUAUGACAGAAUCUUAUUCGUCUGUAUUUUUAAGCAAAAUGCAAUCCAAGAGAGAGGAACAGCAAAAGUCAAUUGAUGCUUAUAGAUCACAGCAUGUCGUUAUAUACACAGCACUCUUAUCCGAAGUAGCAAAGGAGCUUCACAAGAGAAUAGCAUGCUCGACAUUGGUCAAGGACGGCAUAGAGUAUCAUGAGGUUUUCAGUGGAAAAGAGGCAGUGGAUCGAUUACUCUCUAUACUUGGAAACAAUGACCGUUUGGAGGCCAUUGAGAUUGGAGCAGCCCUUCGAAAUCAAAACUUCUUCCAUGAUGUCAACUACGAGCCUGUAUUCAUUGAUUCGGUAGACGAACUGUAUGCUUUUAGGGAAAUGACAAACACACCCAAAGAAGACGAUGUUUCUGAGAAAUUCUCCAGAGAGAGCAGUAGUGACUUGCAAUCAUCCGAUUUACCGAAUGGUAUCUACACAGAUCUCACUGACUGUUACUCGCCUACUUGUACAGGCGAUAAUCUAUGUUAUAGUUGGUCCUGUUUGAAGAAAAAGGCAAGUACUAUGGUUCUUGUGCAUCAGGAGAAGGUCUCAAGUAACACAUUUGUCUGUCUAGAGUUUAAAACAAAGCCAGCAGCACCAAGUCAAGUCGAGGCUACCUUGCCCGAGGAAAGAAAACGACAAGAAUGCAUCUAUGAGCUUAUCUACACAGAGCAGGAUUUUGUGCGAGAUUUGCAGUAUGUGCAUGAGUUCUGGGUGGAACCAUUAUUGAGUCAGGACAUCAUUGACGACGAUAAAAGGCGCGAGCAAUUUGUCAAGCAGGUCUUUUAUAACAUUGCAGACAUUCGACAUGUCAACACAGAGCUUUCUCGAGCAUUGGAAGCACGGCAAGCUGAGAAGUAUCUCGUUUCGAGCAUUGGCGAUGUCAUGUUGGAUCAUGUCCGUUAUUUCCAUCCAUUUGUUGAAUACGGUGCUCAUCAGGUCAUUGGCAAAUUCACUUUUGAGCUCGAAAAGAAGAGAAAUUCAUUGUUUGCGCAGUUUGUAGAGGAAACUGAGCGAAAACCAGAAUCCAGACGAUUGGAGUUAAACGGUUACUUGACAAAACCUACCACCAGAUUAGGCCGAUACAAUCUGCUGUUGAGGGAGAUUCUCAAGAGAACGCCAGACGAUAACCCUGAUAAAGAAGCAAUUCCUCAAAUCAUGGAUAUCAUCACAGCCUACCUGGAGCAAGUCAACAUUGAAGCUGGAAAAUGCGAGAAUUUCUUCAAUCUGCAGCAGAUAGGCGAAAGACUCGAGUUCAAAUCGCCCGCUGACUAUGUGGAUCUCAAAUUGGAGCAGCCUGGACGGCAAUUGCUGAUGAAGGGCAGAAUGAAGCGAAAAGGGAAUUCGUCUUCUGAGGCAUCUGAUUUGCAGGUCUUUUUGUUUGACCAUUAUCUGGUAUUGGCGAAAAUCAAGUACGAGGAUCAUUUGGAAAAGUACAAGACCUAUAGAAGACCGAUUCCUCUGGAAUUGCUAUCCAUUAAUGUUUCAACCAGCAAUCGACAAAAACGAGCCAGCUCGAUACUGCCUUACAGCAGAUCAACCAAUUUAGCCACCAUGAACAACGCAGCACCUCGCCCAUCAACCUCUGAAAGCCUCGCAACCGCUGCUAAAUCGAGCAGCUUAUCCAUCACUUUUAUCCAUCAUGGCAGAAAAGGCGCACCUGCUAUCACUCUUUUCACAAGUGCUUCGUCCAUGCAGCAAAUAUGGAUCAAAAAGAUCAUGGAUCAGAAGGCUUUGCUGUCGGAGACACGGUCUAUCUUUACCAUUGCACCAUUGAUCAAACAUCACUUCACAGUUACCAACAGAGUCAACAAUACGGCAACUAUCUAUAACGACAACAACAUGGAGCAAGUGAUUGUAGGAGCAGAUCAAGGUGUUUAUGUCACAAAGCGUGAUCCCGCCACCAAAAAAAAUAUUAUUACACGCAUCAUUACAGUGGAAAAAGUCUCACAAAUUGAGCUGAUGCCUGAAUCACAAUUACUAGUGCUAGCAGACAAGACAUUAUGGACAUUCCCACUGGAGAUUUUAGCGUCGGGUGCAUCACCGCAAGCAAAAAGAGGACGAUCUGUCAGCCAAAAUACAGCAUUUUUCCAUGUAGGCGAGUGUCUAUCCAAAACACUUGUUUGCGUUGUCAAAUCAAACACUCUAUCAGCGACAACCAUUCGAGUUUUGGAGCCAGUGAUCAUGGAUGAAAAUAAAAAGACAAAGUCUUUGUUCAGCCUCAAGAGAUUGGUGAGGAGUGGGCCCGUGGGAUUGAAGGCCUACAAGGAUUUGUACUUGCCCAGUGAAGCCUCGUCCAUCAAUCUACUCAAGUCAAAGAUGUGCAUAUCGUCGCCAAGAGAGAUAGGUGUAGUGGACAUGAAGAAUUUCGGCGUGCAAGCUUUGCUGGAUCCAGAAGACGAGGAACUGGGCUUUGUCUUUAAUCGACCUGAUGUGAGACCUAUCACCAUUUAUAGAAUACAAUUUGCUGAAUAUCUUGUUUGCUACAAUGAAUUUGCAUUCUUUGUGGAUCAACGGGGACGCUUCAUCAGAUCAAGUGCAAGAAUCGACUGGGAAGGUGCGCCAGAUUCUUUUGCAUUGUCGUACCCAUAUGUUCUAGCAUUUGAACCCGAUUUCAUUGAAGUUCGCAAUGUUCACACAGGAGCCUUAGAGCAAAUCAUUCGAGGCAAAAAUAUUCGCUGUACCAGUACAAAUACCCACAAUACAAUAUUACAAGGUGCAAUGGACGAUCCUGAGCAUGAGGGAUAUCAAGUCGUCUUUCAGCUAGAAAAGCUGGCUAAAAAGGGCCAUUCGAUUUUACCACCAUCUCCAUCCUCGUACUGA